AUGCUGAAGUGUUCUACUUUCACAAAUGCCUUGAAGGGCAGUUUAAGGCUCUACAGUGUGGUUUCAGCUCCAUUAAAUAUCUGUGGUAAAAAAUAUGCUACUGAUGAAAAAAUGACGAAUGUCACUCAGUCGAUUGUGGAUCUAACUGGUCGUGGAUUGCAUUUGAACGAUUCACAUCCUGUGGGAAUCCUCAGAGAUGCCAUCGAAACCAAAUUGAACUCCACGGAUGGUGCAUUUAAAUGCUACAACGAAUUCCUACCAGUGGUUUCUGUCCAUGAAAAUUUUAAUUCAUUGGGGUUCCCAGCUGAUCAUCCAGGUAGAUCCAAGUCUGAUACCUACUAUGUCAACGGUGAUCAACUAUUAAGAACUCACACUUCUGCACAUGAGAUGGAAUGUUUUGCCCAUAUUCGUAAUGGUGAAUCGAAACAAUCAGGAUUUUUGAUAUCUGCAGACGUCUACAGAAGGGAUGAAAUUGAUAGAACCCAUUAUCCAGUCUUCCACCAGAUGGAAGGUUGUCGUUUGUGGACUAGAAAACCCCAAGAUGGUCAUAUUAAACAACUACAAGAUGAUUUAUCCAAAUUAAAAUCCCAGUUAUCUCAACAAAAGACCAAGAUCAUUGUAGAGGAUGACACUUCGCAGGAAGGUAAUCCAAAACAAGACUAUAUGAGCCAUGAUGAAGUUGAGUUAUGUUCGCAGCAUCUGAAAAGAUCUGUUGAAUUGGUCGUUGCAGAAGUGUUCGAAAGAAAACUGGAGAGUAUGAGGCGUGAAGAAGGUCUUGAAAUCCCCAGUGAAUUGAGAUGUCGCUGGAUCAAAGCCUAUUUCCCCUGGACCGCCCCAUCCUGGGAAAUUGAAGUCUGGUGGCAAGGUGAUUGGUUAGAACUCUGUGGAUGUGGUUUAGUACAACAAGAAGUAUUGAACAAUGCGGGCUUCCCUGCGGAAAGUACAAUUUCAUGGGCAUUUGGUCUCGGACUCGAUCGUAUCGCCAUGCUUCUAUUCGAAAUUCCAGAUAUCAGACUUUUUUGGACCCAAGAUGAACGUUUCCACAAUCAAUUUGAAAAGGGCUUAAUCAGUACUUUCAAACCUUAUUCUAAAUACCCUGGCAGUACGAGAGACAUGGCAUUUUGGUUACCAAGUGAUAAAGAUUUUCAAGAUAUUCACACUAACGACAUUAUGGAAAUUGUAAGAACAGUAGCGGGGGACCUAGUAGAAAAUGUCAAACUAGUUGACCAAUUUACUCAUCCAAAGAAACUCAAAAAAUCGCAAUGUUAUCGUAUCAACUACCAAUCGAUGGAUAGAAAUAUUACAAAUAGCGAGGUCAACGAAUUACAGAAUGAAGUCGCAAGACAACUAAUAGAAAGAUUUGGCGUGGAAAUCAGAUAG